UCAUGUUCUCCUCUUCAAGAACUAGAAUUCAAGGACUCUGGCCGCAAUUCUCAGACGCCCCAGUUCUCCGCCAGUAACCAUCAUGGAAGGCGUGCAUAGCGAACUGCGGCUUGAUACAUCUCAUUAUCUCGCGGGAUGGAGACUUCAUAUUGUAAUCGCUUCCCUCUUUUUCGGGUCAUUCCUCAUCGCGCUUGACACCAACAUCAUCAAUGUUGCUCUGCCAAAGAUUUCGUCUGAUUUCAAGGCCCUUCAGGAUGUCGCCUGGUACGGGACGGCUUACCUGCUCACUAUCACCGCUUUUUAGCCCGUGUACGGCUCCAUGUACACAUACUUUCGCACAGACAUCGUAUAUCGGGUGUCUAUCUCCAUUUUUGAAGUUGGCUCAAUUCUUUGCGCCGCGGCUGUGGAUUCGAAUAUGUUUAUCGUAGGGAGAGCUGUUGCUGGCCUCGGAACCGCUGGAAUCCUUCAAGGUGCUUUGAGUAUCAUCAGUCAAGUCGUGCCUCUGGAGAAGCGACCAUUAUACAUGGGUGUCGUCAUCAGUGUAUUCGUCAUUGCAGUCACGGUUGGCCCAGUGCUAGGGGGCGUCUUCACAGAACAUAGUACUUGGAGAUGGUGUUUUUGGAUAAAUCUACCCAUCGGAGCCGUCGUCCUUGCUGGCCUUACCGUUUUCUUGAAGAUCCGGGGAAAGCAGAGCGAGGAUCGAGCACUCCCAUUUACGAAGAAACUCCGCAACAUGGACCCGCUCGGCAGUCUCAUCUUCAUUAGUGCUGUAUGCUGCUUGGUGCUUGCAUUGCACUGGGGCGGUCAAUCCAAACCAUGGAACUCAGCAGACGUUAUUGGAUGUUUAAUAGGAGCGGGCCUUAUUGGAAUACUAUUUAUUUAUUUGCAGUGGAGAAGAGGAGAGUCCGCUUUAAUUCGUCUUCGAGUAUUUAAGAAGCGAUCUAUAUGGACGGGUUCGUUGGUGCUCUUCUUCCUUGGAGCAGGAACAUAUGUCAAUGUGUUUUUCCUACCAUUUUGGUUCCAGGGAGUAAAAGGCAUUAGUCCUGUAUGGACAGGUGUCGACUUUAUACCACUCCUCCUCCCGCAGCUUGUCUCCCUCAUUGUUGUCGGCGCUAUUGUGAAACGGUUUGGCCACUAUGUGCCUUACAUGAUCAUCGGUGAAUUGAUCUGCAUUGGGGGACAAGCGAUGCUCACGCAGAUCAAGCCCUACAGUAGCACGUUGUAUUGGGCUGCAUCAUUCGUUGUCUCUGGCCUGGGGUCAGGGAUGGCAAUGCAGCUUCCUUAUACAGCUGUUGCCAUAGUCCUCUCUGACGAUGAUAUCCCCGUUGGCAACGCUAUUGCUGUACUUUUCUAUCAGCUCGGUGGAGCGAUUUUUAUUUCCAUGGGACAAACCAUUAUCAUCACAACAUUACUUGACCUCGUCCCCCAGCGCCUACUGGGAGUCUCGGCUGAGACUGUGGUUACUGUUGGUGCAUCCAAUCUGGCUGCAAUUACCACUACACCUGAGGAUCUGGCGGUACUACAAGAUAUAUGGAACACAGCUGUUGCGAGGACAAUGAUCCUAGGUACCGUUGUGGUAGGCGCGACAGUACCUUUUACACUGGGCAUGGGAUGGCUUAAUUCGGUCAAAGUUGCCGAGGAGAGGAAAAAAGCAAGUGUAACAGGAAAUAAAGAAGCGCAGACGGGCUGCUAGAUAGUUAGCGGCAGUGAAUAUGGUUUAGGGGGUUUAUUAUGCAUAAUGUGAAUCCGGGGUAGGGGUGGGAAUACGGGACAUGACCUGGACCGUGAGUUUUAAGGGCCCCUUGAUAAGCAGCUGCAUGGAUUGGAAAGGGAAAUUUGAUGGAAUCUGUAAGGAGAGUCAUUGUCGGGGGACAAAGGGAUAGAGUGGAAGAGUAGGGCUACUAGGAGUAGUGACAGAGCCCCUGCGGGGCUCCAGCAAGGUCUACAGG